AUGGGUGAUUUUUUCAACAAUAUCUUCUGGGUCGUGCUCGGCGGGGUCCUCUUCUUCUUCUACGAGAAUAUUCAAAUCGACAGGAGAGCGGAGUUAGAGGCGGCACAUGGAUAUCACGUGCAGCGCGCUGGCAUUGCCAGCUUUCAAGACUACAUUCAGAAGCAAGAACAGGAUAAAGAUUUGGCUCAGGGCGACUUUGUAUUGCAGGAUCGCCUGUCAGACUGGAGGACGUGGAUGAAAAACAAGGAUGAAAAUGUGCCUCACGAGUUCGCCCAACAACCCGCCGAACGACAAUUAACUCCGAUAGAGGAGGCACAAGCGCGAUUACGCGAGCUUGAAGAGUCAGUUCAAAAAGAAGAGGAGCCGGAAGCGCGAACGCCAGUGCCGAUCGUUGAUGGCAAGCCGCUCAGCAUGAAAGAGAUACUUGAUCGGCAGGGAAUCGAGGUUGAGGGCGGCAAGGACGAGCCACUUAUUCAAGUGCAGAAAGAAGCAGAAACAAAAGAAGCAGCUUGGUGGGAUCAUAGUGACGAUAAGAAGGCAACUCAAGAGGCGACUGCUGGAGAAAAACUCCCAAGUAUGGACGAGCUAUUUGCGACCGGAACCAAAGAGGAUGAUACGAAUCAAGAAGAAGGAGAAGCUGCUGUUGAGGAAGAGAAGCCAAGUCUCGACGAUCUCUUCUCUCAGCCUGCUCCUCAAAAUACAGAGGAAACUUCUGAUUCCAAGCCAGCUUCUCUUGAGUCUCAACAAAAGGAAAUCAAGGAAGAAACCGCGCAAGAGGCAAGCCGCCCGCAAUCAGCGCCAACGUCGAUAUCAGGAGAAGAAGCAAUGGACGAACCUCUGCCAAAAUUCCUCAUCAUUGGGUCGACGAAAUGCUCCACCUCCGCUUUACUGCGUUUUUUAAACGCCCAUCCUCAAUUGCGCAGCCCUGGAGAGACGUAUUUCUUUAACAAGCAUUAUGAUGAAGGAAUAGACUACUACAAGUCGUUGUUCGAAAAAUUCAACCGUCCAGGAAUGGUGCUUUUCGAUAAGACGCCGACUUAUUACACCUGCGUCGAGUGCCCUAAGAGGGUCAAGGAGCUCAACCCUGAGAUGAAAAUUAUCAUGAGCGUUUGCGAUCCAGUUCACAGAAUCGUCUCGCGAUAUUACCACGCGAAGGAUAUCGGCGGGCCGAGGGUUCUCGAGCUCGGCGAGAACUUCGAAGACUAUCAAAAGAACAUAAUCCUGGCGGAAAGAAACGCAACGGAAGAAUUUAACUCGCUGGAGCUAAAUGGACGGGAUAGAACCACCGCUGUUUUGGAAGAUCUUUUUAUUCCACGCAAAUCGCCCUUCAAGAAAGCGACUCUUCCUUUUUCCAUAACGUUGAAUUCGGCCUAUGCGAUCUACAUGCAGUACUGGCUCCGGUACUUUCCAAAGGAGCAACUCUAUCUGGUCAAUGGGAACAGAAUGAGUGGCGAGCCAUUUAACGUUCUUGAAGAAAUAGAAGAGUUCCUCGGAGUUGAGAAAUUCUUGCUAAAAGAAAAGUUCGUCACAAACGAGAAAACAGGCUUUUAUUGCUUCGAAAAGGACCCUGGAUUGGAGCCGAUAUGUCUAAGCGACGACAAGUCGCGUUCGAAACUCGAGGAAGCAGGCACAAUCGUCGAUGCAGUUGCCCAAGAGCUGGAGAAAUUCUACGCUCCUUUUAAUUCCGAUCUGCGCAAGAUCUGGCCUGACUUCGAUGCCCCCUGGAUCAAGUGA